UGGGAUCCAAACCACUCGUGACCACGUCCAUUGGUUUUUGCACCACAACGAAGUGAGAGGAGGAAAAGAGAGGGAGAUUCUACAAGUAGAAUAUGGCCGCAGCGAUGGUUACAAUACCUGUGAUUCUCCGGAGUUCCGACGAUAUGUUUGAAUUUCCCGGUACAGGUGUAAGUCUCGGGGACAUGGUUCUGGAUUUCAUCGAGGAAGUCGAGGUCUCGCCGGAGUUUAAUACUACCUCUGGCUCCGACGAAGACGACGAGAAUUCUUGCAGUGUGGAAGAGAACAAGGCAUUUUGGGAAGAACAGGACCAACUUCUGCGGGCGACAUUGUGCAAGAGCAGUAGCGUUGAAUCGAAAAUUCGACAAGCCACUAAGGAAGCGUUAAGGGAAAUCAAUUCAUCAAGCGAAGAAUACUGCGUUUGUGCGAGACCGGUGGCCGGAGGUUGCCGGAAAUGUUUGCGUACCGAAGUAUGCAAACGGCUAAUUGAAUCCGGAUACAAUUGUGUCAUUUGCAAGUCUAAGUGGAGAAGUUCAACAAAUGCCCCUGCAGGGGAGCAUACUUAUUUGGAAGUGCUGGACAACAGUUCAAAGAGAGGGGAGAUUAGGGUUGCAAUUGAGCUAAAUUUCGGAGCUGAGUUCGAGAUGGCAAGAGCUAGCGAAAACUACAACAGAUUGAUUAGCUGGUUGCCUGAAGUGUUUGUUGGGAAAGCCGAAAGACUACGAGCUUUGAUCAAGAUUUUGUGCGGCGCAGCCAAGAAAUGUAUGAAGGAGAAGAAGAUGCACUUGGGACCUUGGAGGAAGCACAAGUACAUGCAAGCCAAGUGGUUUGGGACGUUGGAGCGGUCAACGCCGGGGUCGUUGCCAGUCGGAUUUUCGCACGGGCCGCCGAAGCCUAAGGCCUCGAUUUUGGCCUUUGAUUUGUUGGAGGUGGCGAGGACUGCUAGCUUGCAUUGCUCUAGUACUGCUGUUGAAGUUUUGUGAAUGAUGAUGCAUGAGGAAACGAAAACAAGUUUUGCACGCGGUUUUGGUGUUAUGCCUGUUCUAGGCAAUUGUAACACUAUGCAUGUGCAAAAAUGCGAGUGAGUUCAUAUAUAUACAUAUAUGUAUGCAUGAGGUUAAUUACUGAGGUUUUUUGCAAAGCGUGGUUCAGUUGAACCCCUUGUUUUACUCAGUUACCCUGCAGUUUAAUGAAACUCUUAUCUUCAUGUCUUA